GGCUACACAGCAAGGGGUCACACUAAGAGGGCCACCAAUUUUGUUUGUCAUCGGCAUUUUGCAUUCAUAUUUUCCAAUCGUUUUAAAGAAACUACCAAAAUGGCACUGGCUGAAAUCUGCAAGAUAUCCAAUGCUCCGUACAUGAAGCCCACUGCCUGGUCCUCGACGGAUGCGGAGGACGACCUGAGGGGGCUAACCUGCAAUCUGGCCAAUCCCUACACACUGGCUGCUCCGCCAUUCGAGAACCCCAUGCACAACCUCAACCAGAUCCAGGCCAAUGCCGGCAAGACUGGCAUCAAAAUCGACUUUGACCACGGCACCACAACGCUGGGCUUCAAGUUCAAGGGCGGCGUUCUCCUGGCGGUGGAUUCUCGUGCCACCGGUGGCCAGUACAUUGGUUCACAGUCGAUGAAGAAGAUCGUGGAGAUCAACCAGUUCAUGCUGGGCACUUUGGCCGGCGGCGCCGCCGACUGUGUGUACUGGGAUCGCGUUCUGUCUAAGGAGUGCCGUCUACACGAGCUGCGCAACAAGGAACGCAUCUCGGUGGCGGCGGCCAGCAAGAUCAUGGCCAACAUUGCCCACGAGUACAAAGGCAUGGGGUUGAGCAUGGGCAUGAUGCUGGCUGGCUAUGAUAAGCGCGGUCCUGGUUUAUACUACGUGGACUCGGAGGGAUCCCGCACGCCCGGCAAUCUGUUCUCUGUGGGAAGUGGCUCCCUGUUCGCCUACGGAGUGCUGGACUCUGGCUAUCACUGGGAUCUGGAGGACGAGGAGGCCCAGGAGUUGGGACGUCGGGCCAUCUACCAUGCCACCUUCAGGGAUGCCUACUCCGGCGGCAUCAUUCGCGUCUAUCACAUCAAGGAAGACGGCUGGGUCAACAUCUCCAACACCGACUGCAUGGAGCUGCACUACAAGUACCAGGCGCAGAAGGAACAGCAGCAGGCGGCUCAGUAGAUUCGAUAGUAGGAGAAUAUAAGAUAUUCAAUCAAACGAAGUUUGUAUUUCUUGGAAUAAAUAAACAUGAUAGAGUCAA